UCUCAUGGCCAGUGGCACACUUGUGAAAGCUGCUGGACAACAAUGUAGGAGGAUGGCCUCCUUGCUUCUGGGUAGUAGCAGCUACUUGUGAGACUACUUUCAAUUCUGCUGUCCUGUUACUGGCCAAAGAGAAUGUGCCUUUGUAGCAUGACUGUUAUUUCAGAGGUUCUGGAGUCUGUAUAUUCUAACAGGAUGGAUCUGUGAGAUCAGCUGAUGCCAGAGCCAGAUUGGGGUGUUUUCACCAACUGGAGCAGCUUUAUGGACAAUGAACAAUGAAGGGCUGGAUAUGCCAUGUCAUGGCAAUGGCAUUGACACCUGGGACUUCAGGCCAGAUAGCUGAGUUGACUGCUUUAAUCAGAGCUCUUCAGUUAUCCAGAAGAGAGAAGACUGGGUAGAGGUUUGCCCUACUUGAAUAGAGAGAGUCUGAAGUUACCAGAAUCCUUCUGAAGGAAUUCAUUCCAAGAUUCCAAGUGGGAAAUCGAAGCUUCUGUACUCUGCAUCGGAAUCUUCUCUACCCAGCUGCCAACCCACCUGGCUUCCAUCAGCAGGUGGCUCAAUCCCUUGUUUAAGAUUGGUUAUAAACGGAGAUUAGAAGAAGAUGACAUGUAUUCAGUGCUUCCUGAAGAUCGCUCCAAGUACCUCGGAGAAGAGCUGCAAGGGUUCUGGGACAAAGAAGUUUUAAGAGCCGAGGAUAAUGCACAGAAGCCUUCUUUAACAAAAGCAAUCAUAAAGUGUUACUGGAAGUCCUAUUUAGUUUUGGGAAUUUUUGCAUUUAUUGAGGAAGGCAUCAGAGUAGUUCAGCCUGUAUUUUUGGGGAAAAUGAUUAAUUAUUUUGAAAAUUAUGAUCCCACGGAUACUGUGGCUUUGCACACAGCUUAUGCCUAUGCCACAGGACUGACUGUCUGCGCAGUGAUUUUGGCCAUACUGCACCACUGGUAUUUUUAUCACGUUCAUUGUGCUGGGAUGAGGAUAAGAGUAGCCAUGUGCCAUAUGAUUUAUCGGAAGGCACUUUGUCUUAGUAACACGGCCAUGGGGAGGACAACCACAGGCCAGAUAGUCAAUCUGUUGUCCAACGAUGUGAACAAGUUUGAUCAGGUCACAAUCUUUUUACACUUUCUGUGGGCAGGACCACUGCAAGCUAUCGCAGUGACUGUUCUUCUCUGGAUGGAGAUAGGAGUAUCGUGUCUUGCUGGGAUGGCAGUUCUGAUUAUUCUUCUGCCUCUGCAAAGCUGUAUCGGGAAGUUGUUCUCAUCACUGCGGAAUAAAACUGCUGCUUUCACAGAUGCCAGGAUCAGGACCAUGAAUGAAGUUAUAACUGGCAUAAGAAUAAUUAAAAUGUAUGCUUGGGAAAAGCCAUUUGCAGACCUUAUUGUCAAUUUGAGAAGAAAGGAAAUCUCUAAGAUACUGAGAAGUUCCUACCUCAGAGGGAUGAAUUUGGCAUCAUUUUUCAGUGCAAGCAAAAUUAUCGUGUUUGUGACCUUCGCCUGCUAUGUGCUCCUUGGCAACGUGAUCACGGCCAGCCAAGUGUUUGUGGCAGUGUCGCUGUAUGGAGCUUUGCGUUUGACAGUCACCCAUUUCUUCCCCUCUGCCAUUGAGAGGGCGUCAGAGUCGAUCGUCAGCAUCCGAAGAAUCCAGGACUUUCUAUUACUUGAUGAAAUAUCAAAACAUAACCCCGACCCUCUAUCAGAUGGUAAAAGAAUAGUCCACGUGCAAGAUUUUACUGCUUUUUGGGAUAAGGAGGUAGAAACCCCAACCCUACAAGGCCUUACUUUCACUGUCCGACCUGGUGAAUUGUUAGCAGUGAUUGGACCUGUGGGAGCAGGGAAGUCAUCUCUGUUGAGUGCCGUGCUUGGGGAGCUGCCCCCGAGUCAGGGGCUGGUCAGCGUGCAUGGAAGAAUUGCCUAUGUUUCUCAGCAGCCCUGGGUGUUUUCAGGAACUGUGAGAAGUAAUAUUUUAUUUGGGAAGAAAUAUGAAAGGGAACGAUACGACAAAGUCAUAAAGGCUUGUGCUCUGAAAAAGGACUUAGAGCUUCUGGAGGAUGGGGAUCUGACGGUGAUAGGAGAUAGGGGAACCACGCUGAGUGGAGGGCAGAAGGCACGUGUGAACCUUGCAAGAGCAGUGUAUCAAGACGCCGACAUCUACCUCCUGGACGAUCCCCUCAGUGCAGUAGAUGCAGAAGUUGGCAAGCAUCUGUUUGACCUGUGUAUUUGUCAAACCUUGCACGAGAAGAUCACAAUUCUGGUGACUCAUCAGUUGCAGUAUCUCAAAGCUGCAAGUCAGAUCCUGAUACUAAAAGAUGGUGAAAUGGUGCAGAAGGGGACGUACACCGAGUUUCUGACAACUGGGCUUGAUUUUGGUUCCCUUUUAAAGAAGGAAAAUGAGGAUGCUGAACAGCCCCCAGUUUUAGAGACCCCCACGCUGAGGAGUCGGACCUUCUCAGAGUCUUCGAUUUGGUCUCAGCAGUCAUCUAGACCCUCAUUGAAGGAUGGUGCUCUGGAGGGAGUUCAAGAUACUGACAAUGUACAGGCAACACUACCGGAAGAGAACCGAUUGGAAGGAAAAGUUGGUUUUACGGCCUAUAAGAAUUACUUGAAAGUUGGUGCACACUGGACGGUCAUCAUUUUCCUCAUUCUUCUAAACAUUGUAGCUCACGUUGCCUAUAUUCUCCAGGAUUGGUGGCUUUCUUACUGGGCAACCAAACAAAGUAUGCUGAACGUCACUGUAAAUGGAGGAGAAGUCGUAACUGAGAAGCUAGAUGUUAACUGGUACUUAGGAAUUUACUCAGGUUUAACCGUAGCUACCGUCCUCUUCGGCAUAGCAAGAUCUCUGUUGUCAUUCUACGUCCUUGUUAAUUCUUCACAAACAUUGCACAACAGAAUGUUUGAGUCAAUUCUGAAAGCUCCUGUAUUAUUCUUUGAUAGCAAUCCGAUAGGAAGAAUUUUAAAUCGUUUCUCCAAAGACAUCGGACAUUUGGAUGAUUUGCUGCCUAUGACAUUUUCAGAGUUCAUCCAGGUAUUUCUUCAAAUGGUUGGUGUGAUUGCCAUGUCUGUGGCCGUGAUUCCUUGGAUGGCAAUACCUUUGGUUCCUCUUGGCAUCGCUUUCAUUUUUCUUCGGCAGUAUUUCUUAGAAACAUCAAGAGAUGUCAAACGCCUGGAAUCUGCAAUGGUACUUGGUGGAAUUUUACAUUCUGAAGUCACCCUCCAUCCCACAGGCUGUUCAUCUCCUUCAGAGAGAGCACGGAGUCCGGUGUUUUCCCACCUAUCGUCUUCUCUCCAGGGGCUCUGGACCAUUCGGGCAUACAAAGCUGAAGAGAGGCUUCAGGAGCUGUUUGAUGCACAUCAGGAUUUACACUCAGAGGCUUGGUUCUUAUUUCUGACAACGUCCCGAUGGUUCGCCGUGCGUUUGGAUGCCAUCUGUACCAUUUUUGUGAUCGCUCUUGCCUUUGGCUGUCUGCUUCUGGCAAAAACUUUGGAUGCUGGGCAGGUCGGCUUGGUGUUGUCCUAUGCCCUCACCCUCCUGGUGAUGUUCCAGUGGGGCGUUAAACAAAGCGCUGAACUUGAGAAUAUGAUGAUUUCUGUGGAAAGGGUGAUUGAAUAUACAAAUCUUGAAAAAGAAGCACCUUGGGAAACCCAGAAACGCCCACCCGCAUCCUGGCCCCAUGAAGGCACCAUCACCUUUGAUAACGUUAACUUCAUGUACAGUUUAGACGGGCCUGUGGUACUCAAGCACCUGACAGCCCUCAUCAAAUCACAGGAAAAGGUUGGCAUUGUAGGAAGAACAGGAGCUGGAAAAAGUUCCCUCAUUGCAGCCCUUUUUAGAUUGUCAGAACCUGAAGGUAAAAUUUGGAUUGAUAAGAUCUUGACAACUGAGAUUGGACUUCACGAUUUAAGGAAGAAAAUGUCCAUCAUUCCUCAGGAACCUGUUUUGUUUACUGGAACAAUGAGGAAAAACCUGGAUCCCUUUAAUGAGCACACAGAUGAGGAACUCUGGAAUGCCUUAAGUGAGGUACAGCUCAAGGAAGCCAUUGAAGAUCUUCCUGGUAAAAUGGAUACUGAAUUAGCAGAAUCAGGAUCCAAUUUUAGUGUUGGACAGAGACAAUUGGUGUGCCUUGCCCGGGCAAUUCUCAGGAAGAAUCGGAUAUUGAUUAUUGACGAAGCGACAGCAAAUGUGGAUCCAAGAACCGAUGAGUUAAUACAAAAAAAAAUCCGGGAGAAGUUUGCCCAUUGCACCGUGCUGACCAUUGCGCACAGACUAAACACCAUUAUUGACAGCGACAAGAUAAUGGUUUUGGAUUCAGGAAGACUGAAAGAAUAUGAUGAGCCAUAUGUUUUGCUGCAAAAUAAAGACAGCCUAUUUUACAAGAUGGUACAACAACUGGGCAAGGCAGAAGCCGCUGCCCUCACUGAAACAGCAAAACAGGUGUACUUCAAAAGGAAUUAUUCAGAAAUUACGCAGACUGACCACUUGGGGAACACGUCCACCGGACAGCCUUAAAUAUUUUUGAGACAGCACUGUGAUUCUACCAAGAUGUCACAUCUACUCCAUUUUCUAAUAGUUUUUGCACUGUGUAAACUAUAUUGUACUUUUUAUACUCUGUCAACAAAUACUUAUACAGACAUGAUGUUAGCUCAUAUGGAUUUCCCAACGACCUUAUUCAGUAGUAUGAAGUUCUACCAAAAAAUGAUUUAUUUUUAUUUAAAUGUUAUUGUUGUGGUUAUUUUUUAAUGAGAGGUGCAGGCCACCCACAAAAGUUGUCUAUCAGGUUUUGUGCCUUAAGAGACUCCAGAGCCAAAGCUCAUCUUUAAGGAACAGGAAAAAGUUGUCACAGGUUUGGAUUUGUGUGUGUUACUGACCCCAAAUUACGUGUCAAUUUCCGUUUAUAUCAGGGAUUCUAUUUACUUGAAGACAGUAUGAAGCUGACAUUUUGUCUCACGUUUUCUUUAACAUAAGUGGGAUCCAUUAUUUCCCCCAAAGGCCUCUGGUUAGUACAGAUAAAAACAAUAGGAAAAACAAAAAAUACAUUUUUGUUUAAGUGACAUCGUAGUAGGGCGACAAAAACAAUACAAGAUUAAAGUAUACAAGGACAAUAUUUGGUCAUAUGUUCUUAAA